AUGACGUUGCCAGUUCACACGCGGUUGUCACGGCAACGUUCAAUUUCCUCUGAGCUUCAGGAGCUUGGAGUCUACCGUACGGACACAGAGGGGCCGUCUCCCCCAGACGUACGGCCAUAUGUCGUCGCAGGGAACAAUAAGCCCGGGGAGCGGAGGUCUGGGGCCCCGGGCUGGGCUGCAGAUAAGAGGGGCCACUACAGAGACCAACACAGGCCACAGGAGUCCGAUCCACACCUGCUGUUGGCCGAGGGCCACAACAAUUCCACACAGAUUGUGGACAUUGAUCAUGCUUACUAUACAUCUAAAAUCUACGGUUCUGGAGACGCAGCCAGUAAAGCGCUGUGGGUGAACAUCAAUGAGAUGGAAAAGGAUGAGUGGAAAGUCUGUGGCUUUCUCUCCAGCACCUAUCGACAAGCUGAGAGAGUGAAUCUGUCCUUCAACUUCCCUUUCUAUGGACAUUUACUAAAAGAAAUCACAGUGGCAACUGGAGGUUUCAUUUACACUGGAGAUGUGCUUCACAGAAUGCUCACAGCGACUCAGUACAUCGCUCCUCUGAUGGCCAAUCUUGACCCGAGCCUGUCCAGUAACUCUACUGUGUUUUACUUUGACAACGGCACCGCACUGGUGGUUCAGUGGAACCGGGUUUACCUCCAGGACAACACGAGUCUCGGUAGUUUCACCUUCCAGGCCGUUCUGCACAGCGAUGGACGUAUCGUCUUUGCAUACAAAGAGAUUCCUUUAGACAUCAACGACAUCAGCACACACAAUCACCCCGUUAAGGUGGGCUUGUCGGAUGCUUUUGUGGUUCUUCAUGAGAUACAGCAGAUCCCCAAUGUUCGGAGGAGAACCAUUUAUGAGUAUCACAAAGUCGACAUCCUCAAGUCCAAAAUUGCAAAUUGUACAGCCGUGGAGAUGCUGCCUCUCCCAACAUGUCUGCAGUUCUCCAGCUGUGGUCCCUGCGUCACCUCUCAGAUCGGCUUUAACUGCAGCUGGUGCAGCCGGUUGCGAAGAUGCUCCAGUGGCUUUGAUCGUAACCGGCAAGAUUGGGUCGACUUCGGCUGCCCGGAGGAGAGAAGAGAUCUCGGGUGUCUCGGAACGACCGGCACAUCUCGCCACCCCGCACAGACGACCACCCUGGUCCCAAUGACCACAAAGCAGCACAGGUCCUCCAGCAUGACCUCCAAACCCCCCCGCAAAACGUCCUCCGUCAACAAACCCUCCCCCCCCCACAGCAGCAGAGGAGGGUCCUCUCCACCGCCUCCAACCGGCAAACCUGCAGACGCAGGAAACGAGAAGCCGGCGGCAGUGAGCGCCGAUUGGCCGCAGACUGGUCUACUCGCAGGCAUCGUCAUGGCGAUGGUCAUCGUGGGCGCAGCCGUCCUGACGUCCGUCUACAUGUACAAACACCCCACCUCCAGCGCUAGCCUCUUCUUCAUGGAGCGGCGGCCGACUCGCUGGCCAAUCGUGAAGUUCAGGCGAGGCUCCGGUCGGCCUUCUUACACCGAGGUGGAGGCUCCGAGUCAGGACGCCAUGGCCGUCAUCGACCCCAAACAGGCUUUUGUCAUGUCGGACAGAAGAGAGAGCGAACAGAACGAAGGAUUCAUAGUUCUUGAUCAGAGGGAGAGCUUCCUCGUCUCGGAGAGAUGA